UAACAAACACUUUAGUAUCCAACCAGAACAAAAGACUUAACUAUAAUCUAUAUUGUUCUCUAUAUAUAACAUAUUACUUGCCAUAAAUAACCAAAAGAAGAAAAAAGAACAUGAAGAGCAAAAAAAUCAUGUCAUCUUCUACCUUAGUAACCAUUAUGAUAUUGUCCUUUCUCUUCUUUACAAAUAUUGGUGUCAAAGCUCAAUCAUAUUCAUGCAGCCAUAAAUUUGCGAAACUCAUGGAAAAAAGAAACAUAACAAAAUGCAAACCAUUACGAACUCUAGGAGCCGAAUUUGCUUGGAAUUACCACAACGGCACAAACUCAACCACAAUACUUGAAAUCUUAUUUGGUGCAAAUAUAGGUCAAGGGGAUGGGUGGAUAGGAUGGGGUGUGAAUCCAGGGAAUAGGGCUGAAAUGAUUGGAACAAAGGCAAUCAUAGGGAUCAGAUACCAUGGUACAUAUUUGCCAGUUGGUACCUAUGAUGUUACUAAAGGAACCAAAAGAGGUUGUAGUCUUUUACCUACCGAUAUUGGCCUUAAUGUGUCAGAUAUGUCGAUUCAACAUGAUCAAGGGUCAAAUUUUUAUACUAUCUAUGCUAGAUUAGUUUUGCCUUCUGAUAAAUAUAACAUAACAAGGUUGAACCAUGUUUGGCAAGUUGGGAAUAAUGUUAGGGGUCAGAGACCUUUGGGCCAUCCAACAACUCUUCACAAUGUAGAUAGCACUGAGACUAUAGACUUGACUUCAACCGAUGGUCGCAGCCGGGGACAGAAGCUGAGUUUCCUUCGAUCGGUACAUGGAGUUCUAAACAUUAUAGGGUGGGGAACGUUGUUACCUAUGGGAGUAAUAAUUCCAAGAUACUUUCGAGUGUAUCCUUUUCACAAGGAUCCAUGGUGGUUUUACUUGCACAUUGGUUGCCAAACAACUGGUUUUCUCAUUGGUACUGCUGGUUGGGUUAUUGGAUUGGUUCUUGGACAUUCUUCUAGAUACUAUGUCUUCCACACUCAUCGAGACUUUGGCAUUCUCAUUUUCACUUUUAGUACAAUCCAGAUGUUGGCUUUUCGCUUAAAACCCAAGUCGACAGAUGAUUACCGGAAAUAUUGGAAUAUGUAUCAUCAUUUUCUUGGAUAUGGACUACUGGCUAUCAUAGUCAUAAACAUAUUUAAAGGAAUUAACAUUUUGCAUGGGGGUAGUAGCUGGAGGUGGAGUUACAUUGGAAUUCUUAUAGGUUUGGGUACCAUUGCAUUUGCUUUGGAGAUUUUCACAUGGAUUAAAUUUAUCAUGGAUAAAUGGAAAAAAGAUAAACACCAUGAUAAAAAGGAAAACCAGCCAAACAAAAAUAAGUCGGACAAUGCCAGCGUUCAAGAUCAAAAGGAGUAGGUAAACACAAUGGUCAUGCAUAUAUGAGGAUCACACUAUAUGUUGCUUGAAUAAAAUGUGUUGGUAUUUUUGUGUUGUAAGCAUAAUUUAUAGUUUAAUAUUGAAAUAAUGAAGUACCAUGAAAACAUUUGUUUGUAUGGUAAACACUAGAUCUUUACGUUUGAUAUUGAUGAUCUUAACUCUUUCUUGUAAAACGGCUAAUAUCUUGAUUGUGCCACUUUUUAUAAGCUCAUUUAAAGUCUUUUUGUUUAUUUUAUAGAA